AAAAAAUAAAUAUGGUUUUACGUCAUCACAUUGAAGGAUAUGAAAACUUUUUAAAAUUUAUUAAAAACUUUAAAUCUAAUGAAUCGGUUUACGUACUUUACAGUGGUAAAAAGCUUCCCGAUGGCAAAAGUUGGUGUCCAGACUGUGUUAAAGCGGAACCCUUCAUAGAAGAAGGAUUCAAAGCAGCUCCAGAUUCAUCACAUUUAGUUGAAGUUGAAGUUGGAGAUCGACCAUACUGGAAGGAUUUAAAUUGUCCAUUUCGUACAAACUCCACUACAAAAUUAAGAGUUUUGCCUACGUUAGCAAAAUGGAAUACACAAAAACGUCUGGAAGGUGAUGAAUGUUCAAAAGUAGAUCUCAUUGAAAUGUUACUUUCUGAUGAGGAUUAAUAAUUCAAUUUUAUAUGCUACAAUACUAAAGCUCAAAAUUAGCAAUUAUGUAAGUCUUUAAACA